AUGGAAAUAUUUGCAUCCAGCCCAGCAAUUUGCCAAGCCAACUCUAUUUCUGACAGAUAUCGUGGCACAUUCUACAAUCAACUGGUAGGUAGACAAUUUGAUCGAAGGCAAACCCUAUUCAUCCAAAUUCCUCGUGUUAUAAAUCAGUCAGAUAUAACUUUCCAUGCAGCACAAGUGAACGAAGAGGAGGCAAUGAACAUAGAGGUGACCUUUUUCAAGCUAGCUUACAUGUCAUCAAAUAUUGUUUGCCUAUUUGUGAUGGAUUUGGCUUGCACAGGAAAAGAACACAACGUCAAUCCUUACCUGUUGGCGCACACAAAUGAGAAUGCUGCCAGGUAUUUCAAGUCAAAAAAUCUAGUUGUUAAACUAGCCACUGGGAAGGCUCGAAACUGUGGUGUUAUUGCAAUAGUGAGUAGUAUUAGCGAGUUAGAAGCUGAUCUUGGGGAACGUAAUUUUGAUCGUGAUGAUAUGUUACUUGGAUCCUGCUACCCCACUUACCGCACCUAUGCUGCCUGUCCACUGCCCUCUUUUUCAAGUUCCAAUGCUUUCGUUCCUGCUCGUUAUGCUUUAUCAUCGCUUCCUCCAACUUUUCUUCAACUAUUGUUCCACUUUCUUCCAAUUUAUUUUAAAUUCCAUUAUCUGAGUAUUUGUUGCGUUCCUAUAUACAGCCUUACUCUCCCUCUUCUUCCUAUUUUCAUUCAUCUUGCAACCCAUACACACUUGCUUUUUAUAUCUCUAUCGUCGCAUCCUCGUCCACUUCUCUACUAUUCCUUCCUUCAUCGCUUCUGCGACUUCUUUUCAGCACCUGACAAAAUUGCGUCCACAGUAAAAACACAUACACGAACACAAUACAAGCACAAUAGUGGAGGUUGCGAUUGA